AUGAGGGCCUGCGCUGUGUUGCGAAUGUCUUCUAACAAACGAGAGGCUGUGACGAAGACAAGCCGGCUCCGCGCCUCCAGCAGCUGCAGCAAAUCAGCAGCAGCAGCAGCAGCAGCAGCAGCAGAAGGGUUCGAGAACCAGUGGCUCCGUGGCUCAGCAGCAACAGCACACAAGGCUACAGCAGCGAGCAUGAUCGUGCAGCAGCAGCAGAAGACGCCGGAGCAGCAGCAGCAGCAACAGCUGCAGCAGCAGCAACAGCUACAGCAGCCGCUGCAGCAAAGCAACUAG